AUGUUACCCUUGUUGGCUGUAUUACUUAAUAGUAUCAUAUGCCCAACAUUAACUAUAUAUCCAGGUGAUGAUUGCAAUAAGUGUAGACAUGCUGCAAAAAGUUUUAUCUUAGGAUUUCAUAAAUCAGCUGGCAAAAAUUUCGGAGGGGGAAAUUCUUUAUGGGAAGAAAAACACUUAGGGAGCUACUCUGUUAGCGAAGUGCGCUACCACGAUAUUGUGGAAGGAAUCUGUAGUGAUGUUAAACAAGCAGUCAAAUGUCAUGAGUUUUUAGAAAGUAUUGAACAUCAUUUAGAAGAUUGGUGGCUUAAAGAUUACAGGAGUUAUGCUAAUAAAAUAGAAGGGUUUGAGGAGGAUUUAUGUGUCACUCGGACCAAGUUUUGCUGUCCUUCUAGCUCCUUCGGGAAUUCAUGUCUUCCAUGCCCUCCGUGUUACUUUCCUGGUGGCAGGUGUGAUGGUAAUGGGACACGUUCUGGAACAGGUAGUUGUAUUUGCAACGAUGGAUAUACUGGAGAGUUAUGCGACAAGUGUACUUUUGAAACUCAUUUUCAGUCCCACAACGACUCUUCAAUAUCGUGCUUGCGAUGUCAUUUAUCGUGCUCUGGUGGUUGUUCCGGUCCAUUCCCUGAAAACUGUUCUGCGUGUGCUUCUGGAUGGACCGAAAUGGACUCUGGUGAUCAACGAGGAUGUGUUGAUAUAAAUGAAUGUGUUGAUAGUCCUUGCAACAGAUCUACACAUUUUUGCUUAAACAAACCUGGUUCUUACGAGUGUGUUCCCUGCCAUUCUGCUUGUAAUAAAUGUUCUGGUCCGACUGCAAACGAUUGUGAAUCUUGUGCAAGCGGAUACCAAAGAGGAAAUGGAGACGUAUGUGAAGAUAUAAACGAAUGUAAUGCUGACAGUAAUAUUUGUAAUAGCGAGGGAGAACUUUGCACAAACACAGUUGGGAGUUUUAAAUGUGAUUGCAAGAGUGGAUACAAGCGGACUAGUAGUGGGUGCGUGUUGGCUGUAAAGUCAGAAAAAGGUUCGAAAACAUCUGACAAGUUUGAAACUAAGUCAACAGUUCAUAACAUUAACUCACGCAAUCGUAACACGCAAAGAAUAAUAUGGACUGUCACUUAUACGAAAGAAUUCCUCAAAUACUCUGCUUCUCUAGCUGCAUUUGGCACCUUUUGCUGGUUUGCUAAGGGACACCCUUUCGCAAUUAUGUUUGCGUCACUACUAAUCGGCUUAUAUGUAUAUUUGCAGAGUAUUAACUUUGAUUUCGUAUUUACUAACCAAAAAUAG